UAUAAAUUUGCCUUCAAACUGUUUUUUUUUUAAAUAUAUAACUGUACCUUGAUGCAAAAUUGCAUCACACCGUAAAAAUAAUAUAUUUGCUCGUCAAGGCUCUGUGUGAAAGCGGUCCUUAUCGGUGAGCCCAGGUCAGUUGGUAACCGAUCGGAGGUGAUGCUGCAGCAUCGGUGAGGUCUGGUGAUGAUGAGGCUGUUCGACGUUACGGGGACGCCGUUUCCACACUGUGUGUGUGGCAACCAUGUUUUGAGCAAGCGGACGAACGGAACCGAAUGGGCGGAAUAUUAACGAAUGACCUUGCCGUCUUUUUUUUUUUUUUUUACCUGUAUCGACGAGGGAAAAUGGGAUCUUCCUGUCGGGGUUUGUGGAGGUGGUUCGUCGCGUCUGCAUUAAAACAACGGACGAGAUGCUAGCUCGCUAGCAUGCUGUUUGAUGCCCUUUCCUCCGUGACAUUAGCGGGGAUAUCAUUUCAGAUGCGACAGGCAAAACUUUGUAGCCCGUUAACUUCGGUUGGUUUUAAUGUCUGGUUUACGGUUGACUUGAAGGGCCAACUUUACUCGGCCUCCAGCUACUUGUUAGCUGACUUUCGAAGUAGCUAUUAGCGUCAAGGCUAGCCGAAAAUUAGUUCAGCUAAUUAACAUAACGGUAGCUCCAAAAGGGGGGCUAAGAGUCCAGAGUUAUAGUACAGAGUGUACAGCCAUUAACGGAAUCAUCUGAAAGCUGGUCUGUUAAUCAUACCAUAAUGUGAAGCUGCUGAUACUUACAUAUUAUUUUAAAGCAAUAAAGUUGUCCAUAUCGUUAAAGCAUCAUAAAAAUAUCUAUUAUUUUAGAAAAAACUGCCAGCACAUUUGCAUUACGUCAUUCAAGUCCUAGGUACCGUUCGAAUAGUUUUUCGUUUAUGAGCUUUUAAGGUUGAAGACCACAUCAACAGAAACUGAAAAUAAACUUUUAAAGUAACUUUCUAUUGAAUAGAAACUCAUUUUGGUUUGAAUUUACAAAGGUUUUUGGUUAACAUGUUGUUAUAGCAAGGGAGGGGGUCCCCCCCCCCCCCCAUCCAGCUGUUUUUUUUGCCUCCUGCUGAUGGGGAGUAGCUCUUUCCUGCCAAAUAUGCGCCUCUCAUCGUUUCUGGCCGUGUUCAGGCCUGCUCUGCCCCUGAUCCUGGGGCUGUCCCUGGGAUGCAGCCUCAGCCUUUUAAUGGUUUCCUGGACACAAGGGGACUCGGACGACCCCUGUAGGGACGAGCUGGGCAAAGGCCGGCUGUUCCUUGGCCGAGGAGAUGGCUUCAGAGAGGGAAGGGACGGAGCCGGAGAUGAAGAUUUCCAGCCACGCAUUGUCCCCUAUCACAAGGACCCAAACAAGCCUCACAAGAAAGUCCUCAGAACUCGAUACAUCCACACCGAGCUGGGAAUCAGGGAGCGUCUGCUGGUGGGCGUGCUGACCUCCCGGGCCACCCUCAACACGCUGGCCGUGGCGGUCAACCGCACCGUGGCGCACCACUUCCACCGCACCUUCUUCUUCACGGGCCUGCGCAGCCCCAAGGUGCCCCACGGCAUGACGGUGGUCGCCCACGGCGACGACCGGCCGGUCUGGCUGAUGUACGAGACGGUGCGCCACCUCCACCAGCACUACGGCUCCGACUACGACUGGUUCCUGCUGGCCCAGGACGACACCUACAUGCAGGCGGAGCGGCUGGCCGAGCUGGUGGGCCACCUGAGCGCCGGCCAGGACCUGUACAUGGGCCGGGCCGAGGAGUUCAUCGGAGGGGAGGAGAAGGCCCGCUACUGCCACGGCGGCUACGGCUACCUGCUGUCCCGCAGCCUGCUGGCCCGCCUGCAGCCGCACCUGGACACCUGCCGCAACGACAUCCUCAGCGUGAGGCCCGACGAGUGGCUGGGCCGCUGCAUCAUCGACUACUUGGGUCUGAGCUGCGUGGAGGUGCACCAGGAGAUGACUUAUCGCUACUUUGAGCUGGGGAAAAACGCGGAUCCGGAGCGCGAAGCCAGCGCCGAGUUUAAAAGCGCCUUCACAGUUCAUCCGGUGUCUGAACCGAACCUCAUGUACCGUCUGCACAAGCGCUUCAGCCGCAUCGAGCUCGAAUGGACAUACCAGCAGAUUCAGCAGCUCCAGAUGCAGAUCAGUAACCUGAGCGACCUGACACCGGAGGGUAAAGCCGGGAUCACGUGGCCCGUGGGAAUCAACCCCCCCUUCAAACCCAAAACGCGCUUCGAGGUCCUGAACUGGGACUACUUCACGGAGGAGCACAUCUACUCGUGCGCGGACGGCUCGCCCAAGUGCGAGAUGCGGGGCGCCGACCGGGCCGACGUGGGCGCCGUCCUGGAGGUGGCGGUGGAGCGCCUCAACCAGCUCUACCAGCCGCAGGUCCGCUUCCGCAAGCGCCGCCUGCUCAACGGCUACCGGCGCUUCGACCCCACGCGGGGCAUGGAGUACAUCCUGGACCUGGCCCUGGAGGCCUUCACCCAGAAGGGCCACAGCCAGGUGCUGGCCCGCCGCGUGCACCUGCUGCGGCCGCUCAGCGCGGUGGAGAUCAUCCCCAUGCCCUACGUGACGGAGGCCACGCGGGUGCAGGUCAUCCUGCCCGUCACCGCCCAGGACCAGGACUACGUGGGCAACUUCCUGGACACGUACGUGACCAACACCCUGGACACGCACGACAACGUGCUGCUCACCUUCCUCUUCAUCUACGACCCCUUCGACGCGCAGCGCGUCAGCCAGAGCGACGUGUUCGCCGGCGUGAAGGCCAUGAUCGGCGAGGUGGAGAAGCGCUACGGCGACGUGAAGAUCCCCUGGAUCAGCGUGAAGACGGAGGUGCCCUCGCAGGUCAAGCUGAUGGACAUCAUCUCCAAGAAGCACCCGGUGGACACGCUCUUCUUCCUGACCAGCGUGUGGACCGAGGUCAACGCCGACUUCCUGAACCGCUGCCGCAUGAACUCCAUCAGCAGCUGGCAGGUGUUCUUCCCCGUCCACUUCCAGGAGUUCAACCCGGCCGUGGUGUACCGCGAGCAGCCGCCCUCGGCCGCCGGCGCCCCCCCCCCCUUCGGCCCGGAGGCGCUGCGGGACGGCCGCUUCGACCGCCACGCCUUCGAGGAGGCCUGCUUCUACAACGCCGACUACAUGAGCGCGCGCACCAAGAUGGCCGCCGACGUGCUGGACAACGAGGAGCUGCUGGAGAGCGUGGAGGUGUACGACGUGUUCGUGCGCUACUCGGGGCUGCACGUGUUCCGGGCGGUGGAGCCGGCGCUGGUGCAGAAGUACGUGCGGCGGGCGUGCAACCCGCGCUUCAGCGAGGACGUCUACCACCGCUGCGUGCUCAGCAACCUGGAGAGCCUGGGCUCGCGCUCACACCUGGCCAUGGCGCUGUUCGAGCAGGACCAGGCCAACAGCACGUAG